CUCACCUAUUCACAACUACUCCUCUUAUCCACACAACAAACUCAGAAACUAGGAAAAAAAAUCUGCAACGAGCUCAAAGACCUCAUUUCUAACCCCUCCUAAAACCCUAAAUCUCCAUCUCUCUUCUCCGCAGUUACCUUGUUUGGUGAAGAAAAUGGCGUCUGCUAAUGCCGUAUCUACUGCUUCGAUGCUUAGUACUCCCAAACAGGUGACAUCUAGAAGAAUGAAUCACGGGUCGAAGGUUCAUUACAGGUCAUCAAACCGAAGAUUUUCUGUGCGUGCAGCUGCUAAGAGAAUUGCGUUUGACCAGGAUUCAAGGUCAGCGAUGCAAGCCGGUAUUGAUAAACUUGCUGAUGCUGUUGGGGUUACUCUUGGUCCCAGAGGGAGGAAUGUUGUUUUGGAUGAGUUCGGUGCCCCAAAAGUAGUUAAUGAUGGAGUCACAAUUGCUAGAGCUAUUGAGCUUGCAGACCCCAUGGAAAAUGCUGGUGCAGCUCUUAUAAGAGAGGUGGCUAGCAAAACUAAUGACUCCGCUGGUGAUGGAACAACAACUGCCUCAGUACUCGCCCGGGAGAUUAUUAAGCUAGGUCUUCUUUCUGUUACUUCUGGUGCUAAUCCAGUCUCAAUUAAGAAAGGAAUUGAGAAGACUGUGAAUGGGCUAGUGGAAGAGUUGGAGAAAAGAGCCAGACCCAUUAAAGGAGGUGAAGAUAUUAAAGCUAUUGCAUCCAUCUCUGCUGGUAAUGACGAUGUCAUUGGUACCAUGAUUGCUGAUGCAAUCGACAAAGUUGGACCAGAUGGUGUUUUGUCUAUCGAGUCUUCGUCAUCCUUUGAAACUACUGUUGAGGUGGAAGAAGGAAUGGAGAUUGAUAGAGGUUAUAUCUCCCCUCAGUUUGUCACAAACCCUGAGAAGCUGAUUGCCGAAUUUGAGAAUGCAAGAGUCCUGAUUACCGACCAAAAAAUUACAGCGAUUAAGGACAUAAUUCCUUUGUUGGAAAAGACCACUCAACUAAGGUCCCCCCUACUUAUUAUUGCUGAAGAUGUCACUGGGGAGGCUUUGGCUACCUUGGUUGUGAACAAGUUGCGUGGUAUUAUCAAUGUUGCUGCUAUCAAAGCACCUGGUUUUGGUGAGAGGCGAAAGGCACUUCUUCAGGAUAUCGCAAUCCUCACAGGAGCUGAGUACCAGGCCACUGAUCUAGGAAUGUCGGUAGAGAACACUGAAGUUGAUCAGCUUGGUGUGGCAAGAAAGGUAACUAUCAGCAAGGACUCAACAACCAUCAUUGCCGAUGCUGCAUCAAAAGAUGAAGUGCAGUCAAGAAUUGCACAAUUGAAGAAGGAGUUGUCUGAGACGGACUCUGUUUAUGACUCUGAGAAACUGGCUGAGAGAAUUGCCAAGCUAUCGGGCGGAGUUGCUGUGAUUAAAGUUGGUGCUGCAACAGAAACUGAGCUCGAGGACCGUAAGCUUCGUAUUGAGGAUGCUAAGAACGCUACUUUUGCUGCCAUAGAGGAAGGUAUUGUUCCCGGUGGUGGUGCUGCUUUGGUCCAUUUGUCGACCUGUGUACCCAAAAUUAAGGAAAGCAUCGAAGACCCGGAUGAAAGGCUAGGUGCAGAUAUUGUGCAAAAGGCACUAGUAGCACCAGCUUCCCUGAUUGCCCACAAUGCAGGUGUGGAAGGGGAAGUGGUUGUUGAGAAGGUGAGAUCGCGAGAGUGGGAGAUUGGCUACAAUGCAAUGACAGACACAUAUGAGAAUUUAAUGGAGGCUGGAGUUAUCGACCCAGCAAAAGUGACCAGGUGUGCACUGCAGAAUGCUGCAUCCGUGGCUGGGAUGGUCCUGACCACACAAGCCAUUGUUGUUGAGAAGCCUCAACCUAAGGCAGCAGUUCCUGGGGCAGCACAAGGCCUGCAAGUCUGAUUUCCCUCGUAAUUAACGGAAUCGUUCACCUUUCCUUCUUGUAGUGCCAGUUGUGAUAUCAGAAAUGACAAGGCCUUUUAGAAAAUGAGAGUCUAGUUUGAUUUGAAGUGGUUAUUAAAGCUGAAUUUUUGUAUGAAAACGUAGGUGGUUACCAGGAUUAAUAUUAUUAACAGAUCAAGAAAAUUCUUCUGUGCAUUUUAUGUUGUUACCACCAAAACCUCAUUUUUCUAA